AUGGAUGUUCGCAAUGCCCAUCAAAAUAUUCAUGUCGAUUUUGUAAAAAAAAGGCAUCAUUCGUUGCUACACAAUAUCUCCGAAACUAUUUCCUCACCCUCUACUCCGCCAAACAACAGCUUUACGACAAAUGAGUCAGCAUCAGUUCAUACAACCAGUGUCGAAACCCAACUUGGAGCCUCAGCGCAAGGAGGGCAAGUUAUACUUGCUACCGCCUUGAUUUUGGUUAGAGACGCUUGUGGAGAGUUCGAGAUUUGUAGAGUUCUCUUGGACUCGUGUUCACAGGUGAACCUUAUGACGCAGGCGCUUUGUUCAGGUUUAAAUCUUCGUAAGUCUCGUAAUAAUAUCGACGUCUGCGGGAUUGGCUCAUCCCCACUAAAAAUAGCAUUUAAAAUGCAAACUACCAUUCGCUCUCGCAUUAAUAAUUUUGAAACGUCGCUAGAAUUCCUAAUAUCUCCACAAAUCUCUGGCUAUCAUCCUAGUGAAACUGUAGCAUCAGCAGAUCUAAUGAUUCCUAGAAAUAUUAAUCUCGCGGACCCUGAAUUUCACCGUUCACGUGGAGUCGAUAUGUUGCUUGGGGCAGAAGCCUCUUUUUCGCUUUUAUCCGUUGGGAAUAUCCGUCUUGGCGAUAACUUGCCUACUCUGCAAAAAACUUUAUUUGGCUGGAUCGUAUCCGGAAAAUGCUCUGCUCCACGACAACCAAUUAGCAAUCCAUCCCAUUGUGCAGCUAUUUCUACAAUAGAUAAUAUAAACCGUAACGUUGAAAAAUUAUGGCAGCUUGAGGAAGUCAAUUCAAAGAGGCAACAUUUGACAUCAGAAGAAUACCAGUGCGAGACUCAUUUUUUGAAAACGGUAACCAAAUCCAAUGGUCGACUCAUGGUAAAACUGCUGUUCAAGGGUGAUGUCCGCAGUCUUGGUAAUUCGCGAGAUAUAGCUAUGCGACGCUUUUUAGCAAUGGAAAACAAACUCGAGAAAAAUCCAACAUUAAAGAGCGAAUAUACAGAAUUUUUGAAGGAGUACGAAGAACUGGGCCAUAUGUCUUAA